GUUGCUUCCUUGCAUCGGUCUUCAGAACAUCUCCUCAUCCAUUACUAGCGUCCUGAACGCUGUAAAAAAAAUAAAAAAAGAGAGGCAAGACAUGCCAUUAACUCCAGGACGAUUCGUCUUUUGCGAACGUGGUCGCAUCAUUGACAUCUGCAGGAAUGUGGAUGGCAUCCGCAUCGACAACACAGAGGCCAAGCUGGAGGGCUAUCAAGUAUACCUUGUGGAACAAUGGGCUAUCGAACGGAAUCGAGAAGUCGCUACAGCUGUAUCUUUCACUGGAGAUCCUGUCCAUAAGAUUCUAGUGGUCGCCAUCACGAUUGAACAUCAGGAUGUUUUCUGUCCGAGGCUAGAGAGAGUGUUUGAAAAUCUGCGGGAAGAAAAAGCACGGCCAAAGGAGACACCCAAUGGUCAACUCUUUGUAACGAAUCUCAGCUUGUUUGCGUCGUCACUCAACAUUGUCCUUGUGCCACAUGAGGGCGAUUUUGAUUUUUACAAACGACGAUUCUAUCUCAAUCUCAACCUCAGGAGAAUGGGUUGCAGUGGCCGAAGUGCACUCACGUCAAAGUCUCCAAGCGAUGCCCAGCGGGAGAAAUUCAAUCAGCUUUACAAGAUCUCGGACCUGACAGACUUUGAAGAGACAGUGAUCCGGCUAGUGGGUCUUGUGCAAAACAGUCUGUACAUUUUUGGACAUUUUAACCUGUCAGACGUCGAUGGACUGCUGUGUAACGCUACGAAGGAGGGCCUCGAUGAGUUUUAUGAUAUCUUCCUCAGCUCCAAGUUCCAGAGACUCUACUUGGAAAGCGCAUUGGACCCCGGCGUCCUAGCAGGGAUGUUUAGCAAGCUGUGGAACAUAAGAGGGAAAUUACAGCAUCUGGUCAACAACGUACCGAAAGAUCCGUUCGCAGAACCAGUAGCAUUCCUAAACGCCGUCAAGGCAUUCCAGGUGCGUUUACAAGGAUUAAGCAUUGGAAGUUUAAGCGAGGAGAAGGACCUCGUUUCUCAGGCACAAGUUUCCGAGUGAACUGACGAAGAUAUGCGAUCGGGAAAUUCAUAGAUCAAGAAGCCGGAUAUAAAGGCCCGUUUCUUGGACUUGAAGACAGUCGAAGCU